UCUCUUUGGUCUAUGGUAUUUAUUUUUGGAAGUCAAGUCAGUGUAAAGUGGAGUGUAGUAUGUGCGAUAAAAUAUUCUCUAUCUUUUAUAUCAGUGUUCUCUUUAUUUACCCGUAAUCUUUAAGUAUAAGGAAUAAGUUUUACGGUCAAAUAUAUCAUCUUUCACAAGUCAGUGUAAUUAUGAACGAGAUUUCAUAAGUCAUUUUCGUCCCUUCAGUGGUCUCGCAAAUUCCGGAAAUUGUUUUGACAUCCUGUCGUAAUUACGCGUUUUAAUCUACCAAAAGUAAAGACGAUAUUCAUAAAUCAGUAAGUAACACCAGCAAAUCCAUAACAUGGUGCUAGAGUUCCUACACAAUGUCAACUGAAAGUUGCUUAGUAAAAGCAAUCUACUCAUUCAAAGGCAAGAAUAAUGACGAACUGUGUUUCAAAAAGGGUGAUAUUAUCACCGUUACUCAGAAGGAGGAAGGAGGCUGGUGGGAAGGAACUUUAGGAGAAACUACUGGGUGGUUCCCUAGUAAUUAUGUUACAGAAUGUAAAGAUCAAGCUGGAUCUCUCACUACAUCUCCUAUUAGAGCAGCAUCUGAAAUUCAGGCAUUUAGAAAUGUUGUCCUCAAAGAUAUCAUUGAUUCAGAAAAGGCACAUGUGGCCGAGAUGCAGGGACUGGCCAGUAAUUUUCUACAGCCACUGGAAAAUAGUGACAUGCUGACAAGAGAUGAGUUCAAGCAAUUGACAGGCAAUAUAAAUGAGGUGCUACAAACUCAUGAACAGUUCCUUGGUCUGUUAGAAGAAUGUGCAACCAAAACUGGCCCAGACCAGCGGGUGGGCGGUCUGUUCUUGCAGUGGGCUCCUAAGAUAAAAUCAGUGCAUCAGACGUACUGUGCUGGUCAUCCUAAAGCAGUAUGCAUCCUUGACAAAUACAAAGAGGAUCUUAACACAUGGAUGGAGAAUGCCGGUGCUGUAUGCCCUGGAGUGUUAGUACUAACAGCAGGGCUAUCCAAGCCAUUCCGUCGCCUCAGCAAGUACCCCGCGAUGCUGCAAGAACUGGCGCGACACGUCCAUGAGGCGCACCCAGAUAGGGGCGACACACAUCGCGCUUCAGUUGUUUAUAAAGAUAUUUCUAGUGCCUGUGCAGCAUUACGGCGGCAAAAAGAGCUAGAGCUCCAAGUGGUAACAGGGGAAGUGCGCGGUUGGCCCGGCGGCGAGCUGGCGGCCCUGGGCGACGUCCUGCACAUGGGCAGCGUAGCCGUGGGCCCGUCGCACCAAGACCGGUACCUCGUGCUUUUCCCUUCGGCCCUGCUUUUGUUGUCUGUUAGUAAGAGGGUGUCUGCGUUUGUCUAUGAGGGUUGUCUGCCACUAACCGGGAUAACAGUAUGCAAACUAGACGACUCUGAAACAAGGAAGAAUGCAUUUGAAAUUAGUGGUCCAAUGAUAGACACCAUAGUGGCGGUGUGUCAGACGAGAGCGGAGGCCGACAAUUGGGUCAGCUUGUUGCAGAAACAUUCAAACACCAGCAGCCCUGUGCAUGAACCUGGUCAGCCGCAAUCGCUGCCUCAUCUGACCCGUUCUCCCUCUGAAGGGGCGCUGUCUAGCAUCAAUUGUAGCCGUCGAAGCCUUUAUCACGUGACCUUGCCACCGCCCAGUUACCCCUCCGCCUCACCUUACUAUUCACUCACCAAGUAUUUUGCGAGACUAGUUAAGAAAAAGGUUAUCACUAGACAAAUGUUACGUAAACUGUUACACGAGCGGACAUGGGCAAAAGCCUUUGAAUUAACGGGAAUACCCGUUAUGAGAAAACAUAAGAACCAUAUAAGGCUAAAAAUAGAAAAUGACGGGACUGUUGGCACCGAAACGGAUGGGUCGGAUAGCGACAGUGAGAGGGAAUCUGACACUACUGAGUCAUAUUCAAGCUCUAGUUACGGCGAUAUAGACGAUCUGCCCUGCCCUAGAAUAAUGAGGCAAAAUGCUCAGGACAUUACCAGCCCUAGAACGGCUUCUUCUGUUAGUAGUUGGGGUAGUAAUUAUGGCUAUGUCCGCUACAUGAACAGCACGAAUAAUGUUAAUCUUGAGGAGUCCGAAUUAGUUAGGGGAGAUUGUAUGAAAAAUAUAUUUAUGUCAAUUCCAUCGCACAUGAAUAUUUUUGAUGCCGUGAACAGACCUGAAGACACUCCUUUACAAAAAUCCCAACGUCUGCAGGAUUGUGACAGACAUUUACUUGCACAAGAGUCAGGAAGUACAGAAAACUCCUCAUUUGAAGUGAGACCUUACAUGGCAUGUGAAGAUUUGGUAAAUAUUGACGAGGACAUUCCAAUGAAUACAAUUGGAUAUGAAAAUUCUGAUUUUGUACCCACAAGGCAAAGCUUUCCCAUUAAGACAAAAAAAGAUUCGGUCCCAAAACUAUGGAAAUCGACAGACGAAACACAUUCUCAAGAUAUGAUCGAAGAAAAUCCAAUAACAGACAUAUUGCAAGAAAUCGCACCACCAUCUCCAAAACUCUGUAACGAUUUUAUUUAUCCUGAUCAUCCAGUUAUUGAUCCGCCUCCAAUGUUUAGAAACGAAGAAGAUGAUGUCAAAGUAAUUAACAUGAACCUUAAUACCGAUAUUCCUUUUCGUAAACAUUCUCUUAAUUCUGAUAAAAGAAUUAGGCGUUCUUUGUCCAAGUCUAUGGUGGAAACUGAAAGUUUCUGUAAAAGUAAUGAAUCCACCUUGCAAAGGAUGAGUUCACAGUCUGAUGGGAAUAAACUAUGCAGAAAAUGUGAAUGCUGCAAUAGAUCUUUAUGCCCUAGCCCGAGAUCUUCGGAUUCCGGAGUAGUCGGAAGCUGCAACUUGGCGUCUCCCGAGUUGAACUUGCAUGAAUAUGCCGGCGGAAGCACUGGAAAUGACUCUGAUGGGCAUGCAGUGGAAAACCCAAGAACUUUUGAUGAUCGCCGUAAAAAUUUAACACUGUCCGAAAUAGAGGCUGCUAAUUUUGAAGAUCAAUGUAGGUGCACAUCUCCCUUCGGUUCCACGGCAAGAACUUCUUGCGUAACGAGUGUGACGUCGGAAACUAGUCUUGACGUAAUGGAUUCGUCAAAUAUCCACACGACUUCGACGUAUGCAGCCAACCCGCCGGUGUCCUCACCACAAAUUAAAAGAACGUCCAUUCGUCAUAAUAUUGAGCGAUAUGUGCCAGAAAUCAAAUUAAAACCCGAUCCUCCACCACGUAUCUAUCGCAAGCCUAGUACCCAUUUGGAGAUUCCAAAGAAUGUUCGACAGCCCGUACCAUGUCAAUGGAGUACCUUGAAUAUAACAGAACGUACUAAGCCCAGUCUACAUUACCACAUGCGUAUAUUCAGGGAGAAGCCCGAAGGUGACGAUGUGAAAAUUGAUAGACCGUCUCGUGUGAAUCAACGUCGGAAUUGCGAUGUUUUUGACCAAGAGAGGGUCCAAGAAAAAAGAGGAGAGAGUGUGACAACUCGCAAAACUAGAUCUCGCAGCGAGGACUUAUCGAAAUUCCAAAAAGAUUUAACUGAAGCAAAGAGUGGCUUCAUGGUGUACCGUUCGGACUUGUAUGCGCAUUGGUGGAUGAAAGCAAAAUUACCCAUAACAGUGGUCACCGACUCAGGCAAGGAUAAUACUUUUGUAAAGAGAGACUGUUUGUACAUCACUGGUUUGAAGAUAAUAAUACUUACUGCCUUGAAGUUUUGUAACCAUUAAUGCUGUCAUUAGUUACCCCAGUGUUGCAGUGCUUUACUUGAUCAUCCUUGCCUGUGUUUAUUCAUCUUACUAACUGAAAAAAUACCUGCCACUGCAACUAGAUACCUCAUUUACUAACAAUUUAAGAGAAGUGCAUGGAUAUGCUUUUAUUACCUGUGCCUAUACUAGAGGUACAACUGUUUAAAGUACUAUGUGAAUGUACCUACCAAACGAAAUGAAUGCGAUCGAUUCGAAGUCCAUUUGAGCCUGGGUCCAUAAAAUAUUUAGAAAAUUAAAAAGCAGUAGUCUGAGACAUUUGAUUACCGUAAUAAAAGUAUAAAUACGUAUUAGGCACUGCGAUUCCAGCUGAGAUGGAGCCGGGUCACAAAUGUGGGCUAUAAAGUGUGCUUUAAAUAGACGUUGAGCGGAUGUUGUUGAUACUCGGUAAACGAUAAUGGAUGUCGAGACAUUACAAUAUUCCAAUCAAAAUAAACAAGUACACAAAUUCUGGCAUCAAUUGUUAUUCUUCUCACUGUAUUUUGAUCGAUUCAAUUUUAAAACAACGCUCACUUAACCUGAUUAUUAAAAUUAGAUUUGUUACAUUGUGUGGUAUUCUGAAACCAUAGAUGUUU